UCAGGAUAUUUUUGGUCAAGGCGCCUUUACGCCUCCCCCACGCGAUGAAUGAGGAUAUUUUUCCACUGUUCACGUUAUGUGUGAUCACCGUGAAUAUUAUGAUGCUCUUUAUUAUCCCCAGUAUCAUGCCGCGAUAUUUGUUACUCCUCAGACAUUCUGUGCUUGGCUCCUGAAGUCUCUCGUGUCCUAUCAUCGCUCCUCAUGACCCUCCAUGAUGUGUCUGUUUCACUGUCGCUUGCUGAUGUUGAGAGCGCUGGUUAUCGCACUGUUCCAUCAUCCGUCGACUCUCCCUUGGUUCGUGCCAAGGUAUUUCUUUUUCGCGCUCGUUCGAAUCAAUAUCCGCCUCGGCUCUAUUCAAGUGAAGGGACAAUCAGAUCUCAUCUGGAUACUGUUUUGGCCUAUCCUUUAUCUCGAUCUGUCUCAGGUAUUCCAGGUCUUUCUGUCGCCGUACCAAAUCCAACUUUGUCGCCGCGAUUUGGGUCCACUUUCUCGAGCUACGUGCAUCGCUCUUGGCGAAGUCUGUUCCCGAUGUCUUGUGAGAACUCGCGUUAGUGCAACUUCCGGUUGAAUGUGAUUGGUAAAGAUACUGAUGGCUGGUUGACAUGAUGGAGGAGUCAAGGUUGGCAAGCCUGGUGGACGGAUUGAAAAUUUACACACAGAUAAA